AAUGUCGAGCUAGCGCUUCAAAUACCAGUCCACACGAAGAGAUGGUUCGGGAGUUGCUCGGCGAGCUGCCCCUGAACGCGCUGCCUACGCCUCAAAUAAAGCAGCCAGGCAAGAUGCCUACCUCACAAGUCCUCACGGCGAGCGCAACGAAGCUACCGGACAGUGAGGGCAGCGAGGAGGGCCUGGAAGACUUCAGCUCCGGAGAUGAGGUAGCUGCCAAGGCCCCCGCGCAGGUGGCGGCCCCGCAGCAGCACAGCAAGCUGCGCCGCCUGGUGCGAGGCGGCGUCACCUCGGGCGCGACAGCCACCGCCCAAGCAAAGCAGCCCCCGCUGCCGCAGCAACAGCAACAUCAACAACACCAACAACAGCAGCAACAGCCGCAGGCGAAGAACCAGGCUUCAUCUAGGGGCUCAUUGUCACCCGAUGACGACUUGCUAGCGGGUUUCUCCAAUCUUGUCCUGGGCUCUGGUCCCCGACCCGCGGCCCCUAGUGGCUCCGGCGCGUUGCCGGCCAAGCCCACCUCCGCCAUUGCCGCCACUGCAACCAGCUCCUACACCUCAGCAGCCGGUGCAGCCGCGGCCGCGGCGGCCACCAGCGGCCAGGGCCGUGCAGGCCGCCAGGUUGGUGCGCCGGCGGCGGCAGUGCUUGUGCCGGCGUUCGUCGCUGGCAGGGAAGAGCAGGGGGACGACGAGGAGGAGGAAGAUCUGGAUGACUCUGACUCCCAGGACGAGGUGGAAGAUGAUGAGGGCAGUGAUGACGGCUCAAAGUUGUCGCCUUCGCCGCCCCCGCGCCGGCCCGCUUGCUGCAACAGCAGCGGCGCAGCUCCACCUGCAGCCCAGCGACAGCCGCACCAGCCGCCGCUGGAGCAGAGGUCGGUGGCGCCCUCGAGUCUGUUCACUCAGCGUCAACAGCAUGGGCAGAGCGUCAGCAGCGAUACUGACGGCGACAGCGACGGCGGCCGCGGCGGCCGUGACGAUGGCAGUGAUGAUGAUGCGGAGGAGCGGGCAUUCUUUGAGCGCAUUGCGCCAUCAGCAGACGCCGUGCACAAGGCAACCGCGGCCGCCGCCGCUGGUGCGGCUGCCGCCAAGGACCCCGCCCAGGAGCCGGGGGCGCUGGUGCUGCGGUCGGCUGUGGAUCCAGGCCGGAAGCCGUAUGUGCUGGCGGCGGGCGUGGCGUGCCGGCUGUACCCGCACCAGGUGGUGGGGGUGCGCUGGCUGUGGAGCCUGUACGACAUGCAGCGCGGCGGCAUCCUGGGAGACGACAUGGGCCUGGGCAAGACCAUGCAGUGCGCCGCCUUCCUGGCCGGGCUGCUGGGUUCGGGCCUGGCCCGUCGCGCGCUCAUCAUCGCACCCAAGACCCUGCUGCCACACUGGGCCAAGGAGCUGCGCGUGUGCGGACUGGCCGGCCUGACCAAGGAGUACUUCGGAAGCAGCGUGGCGGAGCGGAAUGCUGCGCUGCGCGCCGUGGCAGGCGGCGGCGGCGGCGGCUACGGCGGCGGCGCCGCCGGGCGCGGCGUGCUGGUGACCACGUACGGCAUGGUGCAGCACAAUGCGGAGGAGCUGACGGGGCCGCGCGACGCGCUGCGGGGUUCGGCGGCGGCGGCGCGCGGCGAGCAGGAAUUCUGCUGGGACGUGGUGCUACUGGACGAGGGGCACAAGAUCAAGAACCCCAAGAUGAAGCUGGUGGAGCAGCUGCGCAAGCUGCCGGCGCGCGUGCGUGUCAUCAUCAGCGGCACGCCCAUCCAGAACAACCUGAUGGAGAUGCACAGCCUGUUCGACUUCACCACCGAGGGGCUCCUGGGGGACGCCCGCGCCUUCAAGACGAACUACGAGCGGCCCAUCACCAAGGGCCUGGACAAGGAGGCAACAGCGCGGGAGCGCCAGACCGGCGCCGCCAUCGCCGCGGCGCUCAGGAGCCGCCUGGAGCCGUUCUUCCUGCGCCGCGAGAAGAGGGACGUCCUCACAGGCAAGGGUGACGACGACAAGGCGGCUGGCGGCGAGGGCGGCAAGGCGCACGAAGGCGGCGCCCAGGACGCAGCUGCCGCAGGCCCCAGCACGUCGGGCUCUGGGACGGCGGCAGCGGCAGGCGGUGGUGGUGCCCAGGCCCGCGCUCAGAGCUUGCCGCGCAAGAACGACCUGGUGGUGUGGCUGCGGCUGACGCCGCUGCAGCGCAAGAUCUACACGGCCUUCCUGCACACCGACAGCGUGAGGCAAGUGCUGAGCCACACCGCCUCGCCGCUGGCGGCCAUUACGGUGCUCAAGAAGAUCUGCGACCACCCCGCAUUGCUCAGCGCCAAUGCCGCCACGUCCGUCAUCCGCGGCGCGCACAGGUGGGCUAACGACGCCAAGGGCGGCAAGGCCAAGGCUGCUGGAAAGGCCACAGGCCACCGGCGCACCUCUCUGGAUGAUUUCAUCGUCGACUCGGACGAGGAGGAGGACGAACACGAGGAGGAGGAGGACGACGACGAUGGGGACGAGGGGUCCCAGGCGGAAGAGGGCACGGCGGACGACCUGACCGGCAACUUGACCGCCGAGUGGCUCUCCGACGAGGCGGGCGGCGGCGGCGACGUGUCCAGCGCCUCGCUGCACGCCGAGCUGGCCCGGGAGCUGGAGCAGCGCGGCGCGGAGGCCAGCUGCAAGAGCGCCUUUGUGCUGGCGCUGCUGGGGCGGCUGGCGGCGGCGGGGCACCGCACGCUCAUUUUCAGCCAGUCCAAGGUCAUGCUCAGCAUCUUGGAGGCGGGUGUUCGCGCCAUGGACCUGGAGUACUGCCGCAUUGACGGUGACGUGGACGACCGCCAGGCGCACGUGGCGCGCUUCCAGAACAGCAAGACCAUACCCGUGUUCCUGCUCACCUCGCAGGUGGGCGGCCUGGGUCUGACGCUGACGGCUGCGGACCGGGUCAUCAUCGUGGACCCCGCCUGGAACCCCUCCAUCGACAAUCAGUCCGUGGACCGAGCGUACCGCAUGGGGCAGACACGGGACGUGGUGGUGUACCGGCUAAUCACGUGCGGCACGGUGGAGGAGAAGAUCUACCGCAAGCAGGUGUUCAAGGGCGGCCUGUCGCGCACCGGCACCGAGGAGGGCAUCCAGUUCAGGUACUUCACCCAGACGGAGCUGAAAGACCUGUUCUCCGUCAGCAGCGAGGGCCUGCGCACCAGCAGCACGCAGCAGCAGCUGGACGGGCUGCACCGCCACCAGCGCAACGCCACGCAGCAGAUGGAGGCGCAUCUCGCGGAAGUCAUGCGGAUGGAGGGCGUGGCGGGCAUCCAUGACCACGACCUGCUGUUCAGCCAGCGGCCGCAGGAGGUGGCGCCCACCGCGCAGGAGGGCGACAAGAUCCUCAGCCAAAUGAGCCGCGGCGCGAGUGGCGGUGCCGCGGGCGUGGACGCGCUGGCAGAUAUGCUGGGCGCCGGCAUGCGGCUGGGCGGCGCCGGCACUGCCGCCGGCGUCGCCGCAACCAUGGCGGCGCUCAAGGAGCGGGCGGCGUUUGACGCGGCCCGGCGGAAGGUGGACGAGCUGCAGGCGAAAAUUCGCAGCAUUGAGAGGAGCAGCAACAUCACCUUCAUGCCCGAUGGCGGAAAGAGGCUGCUGGAGAGCAAGGCGGCGCUGCAACAGGAGCUCCAGCGCGCCCAGGCGGCACUGGCGGCGCUAGAGACCAGCGGUGGCAACAGCGGUGGCGCAGCCGCCAGCGGCAGCAGGGUCGGCGCGGCCGGAGGUGGCACCGCUCCAAAGCCACUGGGGAGGCCUGCUGCCGCUGCAGGCGGCGCUGGCGCUGCUGCAGGCGCUGGGGUAAUGCCGAGCGGUGGCGGCGCUGGCGGUUUCGAGCCCCUGGCCCGCCCCGCAGCUUCUGCCGGCUCUGGUGCUCAACCGGCUGUGCCAGUCGCCGCGCCUUCGAACUUGCUGCGGCCUGUGCCGCAGCCCCAGCCGCGACCGCAGCCGCUGCAAGCUCCCGCUGCCCCGGCCCCUGCUGCUGCUCCACCAGCUCAGGUGGCUCCGGCUGCCAAUCCUUCCGCCGCGGCUGCCCCCAGGGCUGCCUCCGGAACCGACGUGGCGCAGCCGGUCCGCCGCCUGGGAUUUGGCCAUGGCAUCAUGCACCGUGCGGCGGCAAACACUUUGAGCGGCGGUGGAGCCGCCAGCAGCAGCAGCGGCGGAGCUGCUGCCACGGGCGCCGCCGGCGCUGAGGCGGCGGCAGCGGCUCCCGCACCCCCGCGGGGCGUCGCGACGCGCCCGCCGCCGGUAGUCCACCUGGACAAGGAGGAUGAUGGGGACAAGGAGGGCUCGGUGGGUUACUACUCCGCUACCAGCAGCGCACUUGUGACCAGUAGCAUCACAGGCCCGGGCGGGGCCGGUUCGGGAGCAGCUGCUGCGGCUGGCGAGUGCGGCGCCGCCGAUGACGAUGACGAAGCAACCAGCAAAUGCAUCGACCUCACGCUGUCGCCGUAAAGUUGCAGAUGGCUGCUCUCAUGAUGAGAAAAUGCGGGUAUGCUCCCUUGCUCAAAGAGGGCGGCGACGCCUGCGUGUGAGGGUUAUAAGGUGCAGGCGAAUGGACCCGAUGGGCGUGCGCGGGUGGUCUGCAGGUGCAAGGCGGUGCGCGCAGGAUUGGCAUGCUUGACAGUUGCAGUAAUCAAAUGUACGAACGGGCAGGUUGUUUAUCCAAAGACUGCUGGAUGAGGGUGUCCUAACCAGUCUCAUGCGGGGGAGGCCGCGUGGUGGACUGAGGGCGGGUUCCGACCAUGGGGGUCGA